AUGUUACUUACUCUCACAAUUGUACUUUUUUUCUCUUCCUUUUUUUUUAUAUUAUUUACUUCCCCGAUUGCAGAGUUGUGCAAAGGAGAAAAAUCCUCCAUGUCGCAAUCGCAGUGGGAACGCAAAAUCCAGGUCAGGGAAUAUCAUUACACACACACGCAGCCGCAAUGGUCCGAUGCCGCCCCAUUGGUGUCGAGGUUUCCCGUGGCAUUAACUCGCACAUGUGCUUUGUGCAGACGGAAAAAGGAAGUGUGCAAAUGCCGUGUUUGUUUUAAUUGUCAAAAAACAAUGGGUAUACGAAGGCAUCACUGCCGAAAGUGCUGGCAAGCCGUUUGUCCUGAUUGUCGGGAAAGGAUGCGUUAUGUGCACAUGUUAAGUGAACCCAUGAAGGUUUGCAAUAGUUGCGCCCUUCCAUACGGAAUAGCGACUCUUUCUCGCUGUAAUGAGCACAACCAUUUACUAUGGGGCCUUUAUGUCCUACAGAGAGCCACAGAAAUGCCAAAGGUGUGUAUUGUUCCUUCUUGUAGUACACUCACCUACCACAGUGUAUGUUUUAACUGUGGCCUUCCGACGACCACGACAAGAUUACACGAAGAACGUCUUGUUCGUUUAGAUGCAAAGGAGUUGGCAAAGGUGGCGGAUUCCGUGAAAUACCUGGAAGCUAAUGAAUUCUCAGUUCGAUGCGCCGCAGUGGACAAAUAUGCAGCUGAAGAAGUAGAAAAUUUAUUUCGAGUAUUGUUCCCACGGUUUCAGGAGGUUCGUGCCUUUCCUACAUUGAACUCUUUGGUGGAGGCGCAGGAUUUGUUGCUCUCUGUUAUUUCUUCAACGGUGGCGUAUGAAUACGGAAAUUUCCCAAGUCUCACAAUGUCCCUUUCUGACGUACCCUAUUCCCGUUUACUAAAAUUGAUACGCACCAGCCCACGCUAUUCCGUAUUUGAGGCCCCUGGAAAGGUCAAAUUUGUAUCAUUUCCAGGAACACAUGAUUAUCGCACGUUUAAUGUCAACAUGCGUUGUGGACGAAUAAAGCAACAAGUAUGGUCGCGCCUCGUUGAUGGUCUGGCCGGUUCAUCAGAUACAAGUGCUGAAUUCCGCCAAUUAUGUGGCGGCGUGCGGUUAAUUUGGGAGGCCCGUGUUCACCAAGGCUUUGCCCAUGAAGCUGAAGAAAGCACACAACAGAUAGAGCAACUUGUCAAUGACGUCCGUCAAAAUGGUUAUCGAUUGGUACUUUCAGGACAUUCCCUGGGCGGAGCUGUUGCACAGUUGGUCGCCAUUCGGAUGCUUAGAGCACACCCAGGAAUACUAAAAGAUAAAUUGAAAUGCAUCUCCAUUGGGGCACCAUUGGUAGGCAACUAUCAGUUGGCCCAGUGCGUAGAGCGAUGUGGGUGGCGGUCUAAUUUUCAUCACUUAGUUUACCGUUCAGACAUCAUUCCACGACUAUUAUGUGUGGAUCAGAUGGCCCGAGAUUUGGCCGAUCAAUUCAUUCAAAGUAUUUUGGGACUACCAAGUUCGCUACAACGAUGGUUUAAGUCAAAUUCAAACGCGAAUGAAGGACCAAUGAAGGCGAUGGACGCCAUGGACACCCAAAUCAAAGAAGGAGAGGAUUCCGUAGAGGGUGAGAAGACACCGUCGCCCACAACUGAACAUCGCGUACAUCGCAUGUACGCAUGCUUCGGCCGAUACCACUUUCUCAACCACGGUGGCGUCAAUUAUUUCUCAACCGAUGAUUCGGAAGUGGCAUUUCAUCGUCUAAAAGAAGGUUGCGGGAGCGACAACAAUCUAUUGGACCAUUCCAUUUCCAGUUACAACAGGGCCGUUUUUUUGCAGUUGUGCUUUCAGUAA